GGAAACGAUUCUGAGAUAUGGGUCUCCCAGAUUCAUAUACAUUUGAACGUUCUUCAAGAAGAAACUACAUCUGCCAGCAUUUUUACGUAAAUAACAGUUUUAGAAACCAAGUAGGGGGAGCUGGUGUGUUGUUGUAGCAGAGUCUGUCAGAGCCGGAACAUUGCCGAGAUGGUCAUGGCGGAGGGAGCAGCAGUCCUGAGGAGGAACCGUCCAGGAACCAAGGCGAAGGAUUUUUACAACUGGCCCGAUGAGUCCUUUGAGGAGAUGGACAGCACUCUGGCGGUGCAGCAGUACAUUCAGCAGAACAUUCGCUCUGACUGCGCCAACAUCGACAAGAUCCUGGAGCCUCCUGAGGGGCAGGACGAGGGUGUCUGGAAAUAUGAGCACCUGAGACAGUUUUGUCUGGAACUAAAUGGUCUUGCUGUUAAAUUACAGGGAGAAUGCCACCCUGACACAUGUACACAGAUGACAGCUACAGAGCAGUGGAUCUUUUUGUGUGCUGCACAUAAAACCCCCAAAGAGUGUCCUGCUAUCGACUACACUAGACAUACGCUGGAUGGUGCUGCCUGUCUUCUGAACAGUAACAAGUAUUUCCCCAGCCGGGUGAGCAUAAAGGAGUCAUCUGUGGCGAAGCUGGGUUCUGUCUGCCGCCGGAUCUACAGGAUAUUCUCCCACGCCUACUUUCACCACCGCCAGAUAUUUGACAAGUAUGAGAAUGAGACCUUCCUGUGUCACCGGUUUACUCGUUUUGUAAUGAAAUAUAAUCUGAUGUCAAAGGACAAUCUAAUCGUACCAAUACUGGAGGAGGAGGUGCAGAAUGCGGGCUCUGCUGAGAGUGAGGCCUGAGGAUGCAAGUUGUCAAGGAAUAGUUCAUGCAGAAAUACUAACCUUGCUGACAGUAAAUCAAUGCUAGUGGGGACGUCUUCACAGGAUCUCAUUUACAUAUUGCCAGUUGGCCCAUACUAGCUUUUAUUUAUCAUGAGCAGGGUUAGGAUUUUUGGGUGAGGUCUUCCUUCAACAAAUCUAAUUGUCAGGCACACAUUCGGUUAGAUUGGAUAACGUACAUAAAAGUACCUCACCUGUAUAAAAGCGCAGCACACGCAUCUACAUACAUAUGUUUUACAUACCAUUGUGCCCGUCCAAAUACUGUCAUCUUGAACAACAAAACCCACCAUGAGAGACCUUACAAAUGCCAAACUCAUGCGUCUGCUACCACAUAGAGGUCAAAAUAUUUUCUUUAACUGAGUACAUGACAUAAAGAAAAGCUUUGGAGAAAUCAGCUGGCUGAUACAAAUACUCAGCCCUGCCAACGGUAGAGCUACAGGAACACUACAGGGACGUUUUAGUGUCAUGAUAGGGUUUUAACCACGGGGAAACCAUGUUUGCCACACCUGUUCUGUACAUUAUCUAAAAAUCAUGCUCCAGUCUUUUUAACCUUCUGCUUGCUUUUUCUAUGCUUGUGUUUUCUUUAUUCUUUUGGUUAAGUUAUUGCUAAUGUUACUUAAAACUUAAAAAAAAA